CGCGCCAAUAGCAACGGGGGGCGGGGCCCGAGGGCGGGGCUUCGGAGGCGGCGCCGCCCGGGCGAAGGCAAAUGGCGGAAGCGCUGGGUGGAGCUUACGGGAACUUCCGGUCGGCGUUUGGGUGGCCGGACGCGGCUCCGGGGUUGUGAAGGCCACGCAAACAGGCUGGUUCACAUGGCAUCGGCCAACGCAACCCCUCCUGGCUCUUUGGACGUAAACCAGCCAGGCUUCCCUAAGGAGAUUCUGGGCACUGAACUGGUGGGCAAGUACCUGUGUUCAGAGUGCCGGAAUAUUUUGCGGCGGCCAUUUCAAGCCCAGUGUGGUCAUCGCUACUGCUCCUUUUGCUUGAAGAAGAUCCUAAGCUCAGGGCCCCAGAAGUGUGCAGCCUGUCUUCAAGAGGGGUUGUACGAAGAAGGCGCCUCGAUCUUGGAACCAGGGGUGGCUUUCCCAGAUAACGCAGCUCGGCGGGAAGUGGAGAGUCUCCCGGCCAUCUGUCCCCACCAAGGUUGCACAUGGAAAGGCUCCAUAAAAGAAUAUGAGAGCUGUCACGAAGGGAGCUGCCCGGACAUGCUGGUGGCCUGUCCUGCGUGUCACGGCCUGGUCAGGCUAGGCGAGAAGGAGCACCACGCCGAGCAGGAGUGUCCCGAGAGGAGCCUCAGCUGCAAAUACUGCCAAGCUCUUUUCCACUUCUCUGAAAGCAAGGCCCAUGAGGCCAUGUGCCCCAAAUUUCCCCUGGCCUGCGAGGGCUGCGGAAAGAAGAUGAUCCCCCGGGAGAAGUUUCUGGAGCAUGUCAAGACCUGCAGCAAAUGCAGAGCCCCCUGCAGAUUCCAGCCGGUCGGCUGCACCCACCUGAUGGAGAACGAGAAGCUCCCCGAGCACGAGAGGAGCCACCUGGGUGAGCACCUCUACAUGCUGCUGAGUUUCGUGCUGAGCUUGGGCUCUGCGUCCAGCAAGCUGGAGCCCCUGCUGGACCGCCUCUCGGCGGAGGCUGGCUGCAUCCUGGCGGGGGGCAGGCCCCUGGUUCCAGAGGCAGAGCUGCCCAGCUCUUUAGAACUGCUGGGGAAAUGCGAGGCCCUGGAGAGGAAGACAGUCACUUUUGAGAACAUCGUCUGUGUGCUGAACCGGGAGGUGGAGAAGGUGUCGCUCGUGGCCGAAGCCGCCAGCCGCCAGCAUCAGCUUGACCAGGAGAAGAUCGAGGCCCUCAGCGCUAAGGUGCGGCAACUGGAGAGAAGCAUUGCCUUGAAGGACCUGGCCCUGGCCGAGAUGGAGCACACCAUCCAGGAGAUGGAAGCGGCCUCCUACGAUGGCAUCUUCAUCUGGAAGAUUUCGGACUUUGCCAGGAAGCGGCAGGAGGCAGUCGCGGGGCGCUCUCCAGCCAUCUUCUCCCCAGCCUUCUACACCAGCAAGUACGGCUACAAGAUGUGCCUGCGGAUCUACCUCAAUGGGGACGGCACCGGGCGUGGCAGCCACCUGUCUCUCUUCUUCGUGGUAAUGAAAGGGCCCAAUGACUCCCUGCUGCGGUGGCCUUUCAACCAGAAGGUCACCCUGAUGCUGCUGGACCAGAAUAACCGCGAACACGUCAUUGACGCCUUCCGGCCCGAUGUGGCCUCCUCCUCCUUCCAGCGGCCCAUCAGCGACAUGAACAUUGCCAGCGGCUGCCCCCUCUUCUGCCCCCUCGCCAAGAUGGAGUCCAAGAACUCCUACGUGCGCGAAGACACCAUCUUCAUUAAAGCCAUUGUAGACCUCACGGGCCUUUAACGCCUUGCCCACUGGGGUCUCGGAGCACGGGGACUGCCCUGGACGGUCCCCUGGCCAACAAGGGCCUGGUGGACCUUUUAGCCUUGGACUGCCCCCCUGGUCAUGGGGAGCGGCUUGGAAGCCCUGGUGGGCCCUGAAGGGGGGGCCUUCCCUGCUCCCUCUGUGGCUCCUCCCUUGCCUGGGAUUGCUGUGGGCGGAUUGGGAGGGGGUGGCCUAGGCCAGAAAGGGGACCGAGGGGCUGGGCACCCAAAGGAAGGUCUGGCAGGGGGACCUUUAGGGGCUGCUGACAGCGGAGCUGCUCCUGGCCAGCCUGUGUCCUCUGCCAGGCAAUCCCCCUACCCGAUUCAGUUCUCUGGGCAGGGAGGCCUGGGCAAUUGCCGGGAAAGCCGCUCCAGCAGAGGUUGAGAAGGGACGGAAGGGUUCAUGAGCAGAGGUGAGCCAUUGGGGAGGAGAGCAAGAGAGACCUGGAAAAUUGGCCCACCCCCUUCUUCUCCACUGGUGGGGGAGGGGGACUCCUCUGAGGAGACGCAAGGUCUGGCAGGAGUGUUGAGGCGAUCAGAGGGGAUUUUGAUUGUCCUGCUGAAAUGCUCUUCCCUGGGCACCUGAGAAAGCCGAAUAAAGCAUUAUAGAGGCGA